AUGCUCGUCCAAAAAACUAUUACAGCGUUAAUAACCGCACCUAUUACCCAAAACAUCGCUCUCAUUAGAAUUUCUGGUGGCAAAACUUAUUCGAUUAUCACCAAAAUUUUUGACCGUCCACUACCCGAAUAUCCCCAAAAAAAACCACAAUUAAUUUUCGGCAAAAUUGUCAAUUCCCAACGAGAAAUUAUUGAUGAAGUAUUAUUACUUUGCUUUUACAAACCCCAUUCUUUUACAGGGGAGGAUGUGGUAGAAAUUAGUUGUCAUGGUAAUUUAUUCGUGGUCCAGCAAAUAUUACAAUUGGUUCUCGAAAAUGGGGCGGAAUUGGCCGAAAAAGGCGAAUUUACCAAACAAGCCUUUUUUAAUGGCAAACUCAAUUUGGUCCAAGCCCAAGCCAUUAAUGAUUUAAUUCGGGCUCCUAGCCUUCAAGGAGCCAAGUUGGCCCUCCACAAUUUAAGCCCUGAAAGUCAAAAAGAAUUGGAAAUAAUUGAAAAUGAAUUAUUAGAUAUUAUCGCUACCAUCAAAGUAAAUAUUGAUUACCCUGAAUAUGACGGAGUGGAAUAUUUGACCGGCCGAAGGGUUUUGCCAAGGAUAACUAAAUUGGUCAAAAAAUUACAAAUUAUCCAAAAAACCGGGCAAAAAACUCGGGUCUACCAGGAAGGAUUAAAAGUGGCUAUUGUGGGCAAGCCUAAUGUAGGUAAAUCUACCCUUUUGAAUGCUCUGCUUCAAGAGGAAAAAGCUAUUGUUUCUCCGGUAGCAGGAACCACCCGAGAUAUAAUUGAGGCUCAUUAUAGCCUAAAUGGAAUUCCGCUAAUUUUACUGGAUACUGCCGGCAUUCAUGAAACCACCGAUAUCGUGGAAAAAAUUGGAGUUGAACGCAGCCCAGAAGAAGAAAAUAUUUUUUCUCGCGUUAAAAAUAAAAAUUGUCUAAUUAUUAUUAACAAAAUAGACCAGAAAAAUAAGUUACAAUUGCCGAACUUCAUUUUGCCGGAUAAGAUUUGCCGAAUUAGUGCCAAAAAUCAACAAUUAAGCGAAUUAGAAGCCAAAAUUAGUCAAUUAUUUGCCAGCGAUUUACAGGCCAAACUGGCCAAUCUCAUUCGGCAACUACAAACCGUAAUUAAUGAAUUAGAAAAAGGAACUUAUUUAGAUGCUUUGUGCGGCGAUUUAGAAAUCAGUUAUAAAUUGGUCCAGGGAUUAAGCGGUAAAGAAUAUAAUGGAGAAUUAUUGGAUAUCAUUUUUAAAAAAAUGGGUUUAUUAAUCGAUUCCGAAAGAGCCAGUUUCACUCUUGACCCAAUUAUCCAAAAACAGGUGCGAGAAGCCUUUAUCAAACUUUAUCGCGAUGGUCUAAUUUAUCGAGGAAGUGUAAUUUCUGAUAUUGAAGUAGAACAUAAAACCAGAAAAAGUAAAUUAUAUUACUUAAAAUAUCCGCUCCAAAAAGGUGAGGAAUAUUUAAUAAUUGCCACCAGUCGGCCCGAAACCAUUUUCGCCGACGUGGCUCUGUUUGUUAAUCCUAAAGACAACCGCUACCAAAAAUAUCUCAACCAGUCCGUAAAACAUCCAUUUACGGAAAAAAUUAUCCCCAUUUUGGCAGAUAAAAAUAUCAGAACCGAUUUUGGCACAGGUGUUCUAAAAUGCACGCCUGGUCAUGAUUCAACCGAUUAUGAACUGGGAAAAAAAUAUCAAUUACCAGUAAUUAGGCAAGAAAUUGGCAGUAUUCGCGAAGAGUUUGUCAAAGAAUUAGAAAAAAAAGGCAUUUGCGUAAAAAUUGAGGAAUAUGAAACUAAUCUCGCUUGUUCUACUAAAUCAGGAAUAUUAUUACAUGGCUUAAUUCGAGACAAACAUGGAAAAAAAAUGUCAAAAUCUUUGGGAAAUGGAGUUGAACCUGACGAACUUAUUGAAAAAUACGGCUGUGAUAGUUUAAGGCUUUUUUUGCUGGAAAAUAAUAUUUGGGGUUCUGACCUAAUUUACGAAGAAAGUAAAAUUAUUGGUAUUUGCCAAAAGGAAAUAAAAAAUUCUAUCACUCUAAAAAGCGGCAAACAAUUUUACAGCGAAUAUUGUCCGGAGCAUGGUUGUCGAGUUUGCGAAUAUUCUCAACUAAAAGGCCAAUAUCAAGACCCCCCAAAGAAUUUCAAAACUAAUUUUGGAGAAGAAGCUUGUUCGCUUGAAUCAGCCAAGUCGGAAGCCGAGGCCAAGAAAAACGUGAUGGAAAACAUGAGCGAAUUUGAUGAGGAGGCAAUUAGAGAAAUCAAAAAAAUUUUUGCUCCUUUUUAUGAGGUCAUUAAGGAAGUUAGAAUGAAUGAAUUACGGAAAGAAUUAUUGAGAGAGCAGAUACAACCUUUUCAAUUUCGGGCUAAAUGUGGCUCGGCCAUUGAGGCCCAUAGUUUACUAGAAUCGGCCGAAAAAGAGCAAUGGGAGCAAAUAUAUGAAGAACCGGAUAAAAAUGUCACCACAACCAAAAAAAACCUCCCUGUCUCUCUUUUAGUAUCAGGAGCCAUUGGUGGAAUAAUUAUGGUGGGAGGGAUUACUUCUUAUUUAGUCGUUGCUACCUCUGCCUUAUAUAACCGGGGCGGUUGUGCCUAUAUUUACCUUAUUUAUAAUACUUAUUAUUGUUUCAAUAUUGCUUCCUCGAACAAAGGCGAUCCACAAGGAGUUUUAAUCCGUGCUGCCGAACCGCUGGAAAGUCACACUAUCCCAGUUAUUUCGCAACUUCAAGUAAACAAAGAUAUGAAAAAAAUUUACUAUCACACUAAUGGACCGGGCAAAUUAUGCCGAGCCUUAAACAUUGAUAUAAACCUUAACCAUGCUGACCUAACUACUAGCGAUUUAAUUUACUUAGAACAUGCCCCUGAAAUUAUUCCAGACCAAAUUGUUGCCACUAAAAGAGUAAAUAUUGAUUAUGCCGGAGAUGAUAAAGAUAGAUUAUGA